AUGGAAAUGUCACGCCUUGCACGUGACGUUGGAAAGAGAUGGAUGUCCCCUACCUUACAUGAGUGGUUGUCACAUCCGGUUACUACAUUAGAUGGACAACGUAUUCUGCGAAAGACUCUUGAUUUGUGUGCCGUCUAUCCAGGAGACAUUCAAAUAGAUGACGCGAAAAUUUCACCCCCAAAGCCGUUUUCGCUGCGACUUGACUAUUUUCGACUCUCAAACAUCACGAUCGACGAAGCCACUGGUCACGUAACCGGAUUGAUUGACUUUGAAGGAACCACGAUCGCGCCUUUGUGGGAAUGCGCGCUUCUUCCACGGUGGUUACAGCGUUAUGACGAUUCAGAGGGGACCUAUGAAGGAGGCGACGAGGUGACAAAACAAGCCUUACGUGCAGUGUUUAUGGAUAAGGUCGGGGAAUGGAAUGUGCUAUAUGAGCUCGGGAAGCCUUUCAGGCAGCUAAGCGAUCGGUUGUGCUUCAGGGUUGGCGUCUGGGCUUCGGAAGACAUGGAAUCAUGGUUUGAAGAGAGGCUUACCUGGGCAAAAGAUCAUCCAGGCAUUGGGUAUACCGAGCUGCCUUGA